AUGCCGGCAAAGCUCAAUGUUGAGACUCUCCAAUCAGUCUUCCAAACGCGACCAGACAUCCUCGCGGGCAUCCAGGAAGCCGCCGACACUCCAGCGCGUGUCGGACUGUUCAACGAGAUCGCCAGCUUUGUAUACGAGCGCAUUGCCACGGCCUCCGACCAUGGCUCUACACAAGACGACGACGGCCCGGCCGCCAAACGAAGACGGGUCGAUAUCGCACAAGUACGGCCGUCGCAACAGACACAGUCGAACGGGAGUACGGCGGGAGGAGGUGUAAGUCUUGACGCAGCUACCUCAGAACAGGUGCUGCUCGAGGUCAAGGAUAUUUCCGCAUCGGCGCCACAGCGCAAAAAGUACGAUGUGUGCUUCACCAAGAACUUUUUGUACGCAAGCGUGUCCGGCAGCUCUACGCCUGUGCAGGGGAUCGUGUAUCCAUGGAAGGAGAUUGAGCACAUCUUCUAUCUCCCAGUCCCCGAAAAGUCCACGGUUCAACACAACUACGUCGUCCUCCCCCGUAACAGCUACCUUCCUACUCGAACGGCCAAACCCGCCGCGGGUGCUGCGCCGACGAGUCCAACCGCUCUCGAACCGUUCGUCUUCACUGUCCCCGGGGCAGCUCCAAAGCCAGGCUCGAUCGGGGGCGCCUCAGCCAAGACGGCAGAAGCCGUGUCGGACAGUUACAGUACACUGUUCCACUGGGCGCUGGCAACCUCUCUCAAAUCCGCAGGGAACCACUCUUGCAGCAUUGUUGCGUCAGACCCAAAACUUUUCCACUCGGUAACGAGGCAAGCCCAUCGCCCCACGGAAAAGGCGGUGCACGUCAAGGCCUUCAGGGGGAGCAAAGAUGGGUACCUGUUCUUCUUGCCGACGGGGAUACUGUGGGGGUUCAAGAAGCCGAUUGUGUUCUUGCCACUGGAUAGGAUCGUGGCGUUGAGCUUCACUUCGGUGCUGGCGAGGACGUUCAACAUUGUGGUUGAGCUCGACGUGGACGAGUCGGGCAAUGUGGAGAAGGAGAUUGAGUUUGGCAUGCUGGACAAAGAGGACUUUGAGGGGAUCAAUGCUAAUUACGUGCAACGGCACGGUCUGGCGGAUAAGAGCAUGGCUGAAAAGCGCAAGGCCAAGAGGGAGCUGGCUGAGAAUAAUAAAACCACUGGUGGGGAGGAUGAUGCUGAUGGAACCGGGGGAGGGGAGGCGGAGAAUGCGCAGACUGCGGGCAUGACAGAGCUGGAAAAGGCACAGUGGGAGGCAGAGCAGCGGUUACAGGAUGAAGAAGAUGAAGACGAAGAGGAUUAUGAUCCUGGGAGUGAGGGUGAAAGCGAAGGAAGUGGGACAUCGAGUGAAGAGGAAGACGAUGAUGAAGAUGCAGAAGGCGGCGAGGAUGAUGAUGAUGAUGAGAAUGACUUGGAUGGGGAGGGCAUGGAUGAGGAUUAA